AUGGUUAUUCCCGAGAUACCUCUUCGUCCUUCAGCCGAUCCAUCUUCCUCAACCGAUUUUCCAACUACUGGGCUUCCUCUUUCUCAUCUCGAUCAGUACACUCCCUACGCUCUUCAUCACAGUGACACUUCCAAUCUUGUUCUUGUUUCUGAACUUCUCACCGACGACAACUACGUUUCUUGGAGUAGAUCGAUGGUUCUUACCCUCUUCAUCCAAAACAAACUUGGUUUCAUUGAUGGUUCUCUCCCUCGACCCACAGGUGAUCUUCUUCACUUAUGGAUUCACAACAAUAAUGUUGUUGUUUCCUGGAUUCUCAAAUCUGUUUCUAAGAGUAUUUCUUCAAGUAUUCUCUUCACCGAAUCGGCUCAAGCAAUCUGGCUUGACCUUCAAGAUUGUUUCCAAAGACGCAACGGACCUCGCAUUUUUCAUCUCAAACGCGAGUUAUCCAGCCUCAAGCAAGAUCAAGACUCCGUCACUAUGUAUUUUACUAAAAUGAAGAGUUUCUGUGAUGAGUAUGUUUCCUAUCGCCCUGGUUGUACGUGUGGGCAGUGUACCUGUGGCGGCAUCAAAUCCAUGGAAGAUUUUCUUCAAUUCGAGUAUCUCCUCUGUUUUUUUAUGGGGCUAAACGAUAGCUUUAACCAUACUCGUUCUCAGCUUCUUCUCAUGGAUCCGCCUCCACCUCUUAAUAAGGCUUUUUCAUUUGUUUUUCAACAAGAACAACAUCAAUCCCUUGCUAAUCCCCCUUCUUCUGUUGUUACAUUGACUGUGCAGAAGAAUGAUAACCCUUUGCAACAGAGCUAUAAGCAUAAAGGACGCUCAAAUCAGGUUCAUAAGCAACAUCCUUCCUCCAAUUCAUUUGUUAAUCCUAUCGAUUCUGCCUCUUCCUCGUCCCCUGCUCCAUCUGGGAAUAUGAUUACCAAUGACACUCUUCAGCAACUUCUCACUAUGCUGCAAUCCAAGCUUAAUAUGGCCAAGGCCGAAACUGAUUCAGUCACACAUGUAGCAGAAUUUCAAUACAACUUACUUUCUAUCAGUGCUUUAACAUUUGAUGGUAAUGUCUUUGUCCAUUUCUCCACUGAUUCUUGUGAUAUUCAGGCAAAGUCCACUUUGAAGACGAUUGGCAAGGGUAGGUUGCGUGAUGGUUUGCUUGGACAUCCAUCCCUAUCUCGAUUAUCUGCUUUGAAACAUGUUUUACGUCUUGAUUUUGUUUCUCUACAUAGCACAUUCCCUUGUGACAUUUGUCCUUUAGGAAAACAAAAGAAAUUGUCUUUUGAAUUGCAUAAUAAUAGAUCAUCUGCUGUUUUUGACUUGAUUCAUGCUAAUAUUUGGGGUCCUUUUUCUACACCUACUCAUGUUGGACAUAAAUUUUUCCUUACUAUAGUAGAUGAUCACAGUCGUUUUACUUGGGUAUUCAUGUUAAAAUCUAAGUCUGGUGUUUUGAAGAUUAUACCUCAGUUCUUUUCUUAUGUUGAGACUCAGUAUGAUAAGAAAAUCAAAGUGUUUCGUUCUGAUAAUGCUCCUGAACUUUCCUUUGUUGAGUUUUUCUUACAAAGAGGGGUUUUACAUCAAUAUUCUUGUGUGGGCAGACCAGAACAGAAUUCUGUAGUUGAACGUAAGCAUCAACAUUUGUUAAAUGUUUCCAGAGCAUUGUUCUUUCAAUCUAGAGCCCCUCUCAAAUUUUGGAAUGAAUGUGUUUUGACUGCAGUAUAUCUUAUUAACAGAACAUCUUCACCUAUUCUGGGUUGGAAAACACCUUAUGAUUUGUUGCAGGGUACUUUGGCUGAUUAUUCUCUUAUUAGAACUUUUAGGUGCCUAUGUUUUGCUUCUACUUUGUCUCAUGGUCGAUCCAAGUUUUCUCCACGGGUUGUCCCUGCUUUUUUUAUUGGUUAUCCACCAGGUAUGAAGGCUUACAAACUUUUUGAUAUCACUAGUAAUAAGUUAACUUUUUGA